UUAAGCAAAUUGGGCUGUCGUACGUUUCGCGCUCCUGCUUUAAUUAAAUAAUUUUUUGGUAAAUCUAACUGAAAAAUUCGGAAAUUAUCGUGCAAAAGUUCGAUCUAGUGACCGUGCAACGGGUGCCAUUAAAAUUUGAGCGGUUCGCGAGUGAAAAUCCGGAAAAAAUUGAAAUUUUCCGCAAAAAAAAAAGUCACGAAGGAAGGAAAAAAAAUUUAUAUAUCGAGCAUAUAUAAAAGUAUGCGUGUGUAUGUGUGUUUGAUUAAGAGCUUCGUGUAAAAUAUAUCUAUACGCCAAAGUGCACUACGUAGAUAACACACACACACACAUACACUGGCCAGGUGCCUAGAAGCGACAAAAAAAAAGUGAAGUGGAACGAGGAUACGACAAAAAAUUAUUUAUUUGAAUAAAAUUGUGAAGAAAUUUCCCAAGUUCAAUUUUAAAACAAAAAAAAAAUUUUUUUGGAUACCAAAAAUUAACUGAAAAAAAUUACGAACAAUCAUCAGAAGUCAUCAUUUUAAAGCCACUCGGUGCAGGAUAUUUUAAUCUAGUUUACGUCUAAAAUUAAAUAAAAACCAAAAAAUGUCAAGUCAAAAGCGGAUACAGGUACCCGAUGGGCUACGUGACGUCCUUUUGGAGUUCUCGAUCGCGUAUUUGUUGGAACAACCGGGCGACGUUGUGGAUUUUGCCGUGGAAUUUUUCACAAAGAUGCAGGAAAAUCGCAAACAAACACAAUUUUCGGCGAAAGUCGAGGAGCCAUUGUCGCCGGACGACAGCGUUUUGUCACAGGAGGAAGAGCCAAUGGUUAAUCGAUUUGCCAGCAGGCGAAAAUCAGUAUUUGCCGAGACAUAUGAUCCGGAAAAUGAUGCGGACGACGACGAUGGAGCACGUGCCAUUUUUCCCAAAACAGACGACCAACGAUCACGUUUAUGUGACUCGGUUAAACACAUUUUAUUGUUCAGAUCUUUGGAUAAAGAGCAGAUGAACGAAGUCUUAGACGCCAUGUUCGAGAAGAAAGUCAAAGCCAAGGAAUUUAUCAUCAAACAAGGCGAUGACGGCGAUAACUUUUACGUUAUUGAAUCUGGCAUAUUCAAAGCAUUUGUUGGCGACGAUAUGAAGCACAUUCAUACAUAUCAAGGUAGUGGAAGUUUCGGUGAAUUAGCACUUUUGUACAAUAUGCCAAGAGCCGCCACAAUCCAAGCUGACUCCGACGGGCAAUUGUGGGCCAUGGAUCGACAAACGUUCAGACGCAUCAUUCUCAAGUCCGCAUUCAAGAAACGAAAGAUGUACGAGCAAUUCUUGAACACAGUGCCAAUGUUGAGCACUUUACAGAACUACGAGCGCAUGAAUUUGGCUGACGCAUUGAUACCACGAUCAUUUUCCAAGGGAGAGCGUAUCAUCAAGCAAGGUGACGUCGCUGACGGAAUGUACUUCAUCGAAGACGGCACCGUCUCCAUCCGCAUCGAACAAGACGCCGGCGAAGUGGAAAUUUCGCGUCUCAACAAGGGCUCAUACUUUGGCGAGCUGGCAUUGGUUACACAUCGUCCGCGUGCUGCAUCUGCUUACGCCGAGGAUAAUGUCAAAGUUGCGUUUUUGGACGUCGAGGCAUUCGAACGUUUGCUCGGCCAAUGUAUGGAUAUCAUGAAACGCAAUAUUGACGAUUACGAAACACAAUUAGUCAAAAUAUUUGGCAGCAAAAACAAUAUCAAAGAUAUUCGAUAAGGUAAUAAAACUGGAAGAAAAUUGUAAUUCAAAAAAAUAUAUAAUUAUAAAUAUUUAAAAAAAAUCCAACAAAAUUACAAUAAAAUAUAACAUCAGCAAAAAAAUGUACUGAAUGCAAAAUUAUUAAAUUAAAAUUAUUAUUUAAAAAUAAUAAAAAAAAUUAGUUCCAAAAAAAAAAUUUUUUUUUAGUUCAAGCUCAAUGCAUUUUUAAUUUAUUUGUUAAAAAUUAGACC